AUGCCUGCGUAUGAUAUCUUCAAGCCAGUAGCAACUGUCUCACCAUCAGCUGGUAUUAGCACUCAUUCUGACUACCCAAUUCCUAGACUCGGCAUUAAACCACAGGAUUUGCCAACUGGAACGAAUAAAUUCUACAAGGUUUUUGGACCCACCACAUCUGCAAAUGCGGCUCAAUAUUUUAUUUACCCCAUCGGUAUCCAAUCGCUGGUUCUUUCUGCAGCUGAGCUGGGAUCGCCAAUGACUAUCUCUAUAGGUUCUAUAACUGCCUUCUCCGCAAAUGUCAACUUGUUGACAAAAUCUGAAGCUGAAUGA